AUGGGCCCGGUGACCAUUCUUCUCCUUCUCGCCUCCACUGACAUCUUCAACAGAAUGAGUCCUAAAUGGACCUUGCCAAUGUUGAUGCUGCCAAUGCUGGUACCACACCAGCCCAAACUUGACUUUGCCACCAUGAGCCUGCUUCAGGCCUACCUCGUCGAUGCAGCUGCUGCUGAUGUGCAUUUUGGCAUCCGGGCAGUAGAAUCAGCAAUUUCAUAUGAAAUGGAGCUGCAAGAAAUGCACAUGUAUAAGGAGGUAUGCUACUACAUGCACUUUGCACUGGCUGCCUAUGGCUGGCCCUUGUACCUAAUGCGAAACCCAACCUGUGGACUCUGCAAGCUGGCUAGCUCAUGCUCGUGUUGCUGCUUUUGCCUCCCUCGACCCAGAUAUGCUCCAAGUGUAACAGUUGAGGAAGACAACUGUUGCAACUGCAAUGUCAUUGCUAUCAAGCGCCACUUUCUGGAUGAGAAUUUUUGUUUAGUUGAUAUCGUAUAUACUUCAUGUCACGAUGCGGUUUUUGAAACCCCUUUCUUUGUUGCUGUGGAUCAUAUGAAAAAGAAGGUUGUGAUCAGUAUUCGAGGGACCCUUUCACCAAAGGAUGCCCUAACUGAUCUGACUGGAGAUGCUGAACGAUUACCAGUAGAGGGCCAUCAUGGUACUUGGCUUGGCCACAAGGGCAUGGUUCUAUCUGCAGAAUACAUCAAAAAGAAACUAGAGCAGGAGAUGAUUCUUUCUCAAGCUUUUGGCCGAGACCUGGUAAG